AUAUAUACGCCAGAAAUUUUUGUUAGUAGUUUGAAUGAAUUGAAGCCGGAAGAACAUACCCAUCAAUAUGCUUUUAGGGGCAGCCAGCAUGUCAGGCAACAAGGGAAAAUCCAUCGCGUACUCGCAUCACUUGGCUGAUAGUUCAUCAAGGAAUUUUUGUGCAGAAGAAGCUAAUUAUAGAAAUAAGGAGGUUGUGCAUGCUGAACAAGUUAAAAUACUUGAUAAAAGAUUGAGAAUUCUUGAAGAUGAAGCAGAGUUAAUCAAGGAAGCUUUCUUGGAGGGUGUGGAAGAAAGAAGAAAGUUGGUAAAUGCAAUUCAAAACGAAAUUCAGGCUGUAAACAACCGGAAGCGUCAACGACAUGGACUCCCGCAACUUCUAAGUGAAGAGUCAAAUCCAGCAGUUGUUAUCAGAGAACUGAAAGCUUCAGAUGCUGUUUUCCAGGAUGCUACUGAAUGUGUAUGUGAAUUCUCAGAUCGAUGAUUCCGUCUAUCUGUGAAGAUUAGAUGGCCUGGAGGCUGCAAUUUCCCCUCACGUGUGGUGCUGACUUUUUUUUUUUUUUUUUUCAUGUACCAAACACGUGAAAAUAUUUUUCUUUUAAUUUGCUUCUUGGGUAUCAGUGAGAUUUGAACCUCAAACUUUUUGUCUGCUUUGAUAUCAUGUUGAACUGUGUAA